AUGAUACAUGCUUUUGUGCUAUUGGCCGGGAGCGUCUUUUCAAAUGUGGCUCUUGUUGAAAAAUCGCAUAUUAAUGGAUUCCUUAAAAAUCCUGUUCAUAUUAGACCUAUAUACAAGCGAGAAAUUGAUAAAGACGACAAUUCAGCGGAAAAUUUCUACAAUUUCAUAGAAGAGAAAUUAAUGCAUCAAAAUCAAGCGUUGGAACAUUUGAUCACAUCCGUGGACAACAGCAGCGAUAUGAUCAAGAAACUAAUAGACAACCUAAGCAAGGGCCUUGAGAAACCAAAAAUGCCAACAAAAGCGGAACCAGAAAAGGUAUUAAAACCAAAAGCGAAUAAUAAUAUGAAAGAUAAUCCUAUUGUUAAACUUGGAAAGAAUAUGCCAAAGUAUGGCAGGCUAGCCAAAGACUUGUUUAUGAAGGAGGUCGUCAGUAGUACGGAUCCAACACCGAUUAUUGAAGGGAAACGUUCCAUGCCUGGAACACGAAGAUCGCUUGAUGAUUCUACUGUUGUGACGGAACAGCAAAAUGAUAAACACGAAGUUAAUCCCUGGUGUCCAAUUGCUUUACUUUGCCAAAAGUCUGACGAUCCUGUUUGCGGGUUUGAUGAGGAGUUUGGUUACGGUCGCUUCGAAGAUUUCUGUCAUUUACUGCGCGUCAACUGUUAUUGGAAAUACAUGAUCUUCGUGUUGACUAUCUGUUUUUGGCAAUCAGAAUCCAAUAAACUAACGACAUUAUCCGGCAAAACCGUCUUCGAAGCCGGCCACGCGACAGUCAUCAACGAAUACUGGUGUUGGAUGGCAAAAUACUGUAAUACUGCUGGCAAGAAGAUUUGUGGUUUGGACAAAAGAAGGAAACAGCGAAGAAUAUUCCACACUACAUGCGAUUUGUACAAACAUAAUUGUGAACAUUUGCAUGUAUUACUUGCCGUAUCGAGUGAAAUGAAACCAAUAAAAAGUGAUACGAGUAGUAGUGACGUGUCGAAUCAAUCGAAAGAUUACAGAGAAAAUUACGCAUUAUUUAACUGUCACAAACAGAGAAGCUGCACUCCCGGCGGUGACAAAGUUUGUGCCAUCAACGAGGAAACGAAUCAAAUGACGGAAUUUCCUGAUAAGUGCUUGUUCUAUAGAGCGAACUGCGAGUGGCUUGGAGAUUUUUGGAUUCGUGAAGGUGAUACAUGCAAUGCUGUCGUAGUUUACGAUAAGAUAAUCAGAUAUGUGGAUCAUGACGUUUUUGCGACAAAAUCACCUGAACAACCGUCUACAGCAAAGCUUAAGGCCAGAGCACGUCACAAUAUUGUUCAUAAGACGUUACAUUAG